GUUUACAUUAGCUUCUUUACAUAAGUCUGCUAACAGUUAUCAAUGCUUAAAAAGUGAACAAAUGGUCGGAUGGACGCUACCUGCCUCUUGGGGUAGGGAAGGGUUAAGCAUGUGUGGGCGGAAGCCCACUUUAGGCACGUGACCGUAACGGAAGUAUAACCCGGAAGGGAUGUGAACGGGCGCGAUUUUGAAAGUUCAAGUGAUUUCAUGAAUGAGAAGCAUUUCCAGUCUGUAAUUGGUGAUGUAUUGAUUUUUAAAAGUACGUGAGUACAAAAACUCCAGUCGACCGGUUUGUGUCGGCAACUACGGCAAAUAAGUCGAUAGCUUGUCGUGAAGUCACGAGCAAGCUAUCUGGCGGUAUUUGGUUGACGUUCCAAUGGCGGACAGGACUCUUGCACAGGAUUUGAAGCGUUGGGCGAAAGAAGAGUUCGGUCUUCCUGCCGAGAGCCUGCCGAAUAACGGCUACUUCAACACGCUGUGUGUUGGGGCAGGAAAGUCAAUAUGGGACUAUAUCAUCCAUCACGUCUUCCACGAAAGAAACGCGAGGAACAUAAGAGGAAAUCUUCAGUGGUACAAAGUGCUUCGAGACAAAGAGUUGAAGCAGAGCGAGCGUCAGAGUGUGGCUGCUCAGAAGAGUGAGCUUCAGAGGAAGAUCGAGCAGAUCAGGUCUGAGAUCAGUCACUUGGACUCUGAGAUCAGAGCAACCGAGGAACAGAUGGCCGGCCAAGAGUGGUCCUUCACCUCUACUUGGGCUCAGGUGGAGGACAGCCAGCGCAGGGAGUUGCUCCUCCAGGCUUUCAGGCAGAGCUGCGUCUCGGCUCGCAUGUUGCUGUCGAGUGACGUUGCAGAGAUCAGCCAGCACUGCCAAACUUUGGAGCAGAUGGCCAGGAGAGCAGAGGUUGAGGUGCUGUUUGAGAAUCCCGUUUGUGAUGGGGACACCCUCAACUCCAAAGCUGCCGUCGAAGCACAAGUCCUGCGUAACGUGAGAGAGCUCUGUAACGACAGGCUCCACUUCUAUCAGUCCUUACAAGAGAGCGUAUUGAAAACGGGGGACUCUGGAGCCGCACGUACGACGAGUGGGCAGAGGACGGCGGUGUUUCAGUACUGGUUAAACGCUGUGGAGAACCUGUUGGGUGCUUAUCCUCCAAACCACAUCCUCUCUGCAUUGCAACAUUUGGCUUCCAAAGAGCAGAAGGACUUGGAGAAGAAAGUGACUGUGGAUAUCACGCAGGACAUGGCAGCUCUAGGGUUUCGUCAUGAAAGUGAUCAUCUGCUGGACAUCUCAGGAGACGAAGAUAACGACUUGCCGUCCAUUAAUACCCUCUUGCAGGCUGCAUGGCAGAAAGUGGAGGAGAGUCUAGUUGACUUGGCUCAGACUCGCUCCAGAGUCCAGCAACUCCAAAACCAGCUGCUCACUCUUAGGAAGGAGGCCGAACAGGAGAUGUCUGGGUUUGGCGAUGACCUACACAAUAACUCUUUGGUGCUAUCAUCUUUGGGUCUGGAGCUCCAGUGUGUGAUGAAGGCUGCAGCCAGGGAUCAUAUCAAAGAUCGCUGUAUGCAGCUCGACCAGCACGCCAGAAGCCAGCAGGAAGCGCUGCGUAAUCUUCACAGCCAGUGGCAGAGCGUUGUGGACUUCAGGCAGCUCGUGCUCCUCAGACAGGAUCAAAUCAGAGGUCUGAUCAAGGAUAACUCAUCAGCUAAGACUGAGUUGAUCCGGAGGCACAAAGAGCUACAGGACCUUUUGGACGGCAAGUUGGUGCCGCAGUUCAAUGACGUCACCAGUGCCGCCACAAGUCUAAGGAACUCCAUCUCUAAGGAGGUCAAGCAGAUGGGCACCAUUUCCCUUCAUGCUCUGGACAGGAGGACCGUAGACGGAAUGCAAAUUGCUGCAUCAUGGCUGUCCAUCCAUCGCCUGCAGUCUCCGACCUUCAGCAGCCUGCGUCGGCACAUGGCGUUCCCUCUCUACAGGGCUCCAGAGGAGUUGUGGUCCAAGGUGCGGAGAGACCAGCUGGAGUUGCGUUUCCUCCGUCAGCUCCUGCAACUUCACUCCACCACACUGCAGAAAUCCCAGGAGGGGGCGGUGCUGCUGCUUGCGUCCGAUCAUAAAGCCCUGCUAUCCAGAGUCAAAGAGGAAGACGAAAAGUUGUUGCACUAUCUGGUCCCGAGAGUCCGAGGCCUCACCCACAGAUGUGCAAAAGGCAUUACCUAUGGAGAGCAAGUGAAAAGUGCCAUAUCUUACUGGUGGGCUCAACCAGCACAGCACGUCCUGCCUGACGUCUGCAAUGGAGGACUGACUUUUCAACAGUGGCUUCAGAGGUGGAAACUGGCUGCCAAAGCCUAAAUACACAAGAUCACUUCUAGCCUUCCAGUGUGGCAGGACUCCCAAGACCUCUUUGAAAUCACUUUGUCGUGUCUCCCUGUUUCACUGUGAUAUGUAUGUUUUUACUAAUAAAUGCAUCCGAUGAUCUGGC